ACGUCAGAAUAAUUCCAUCUUCAUGAGAAUUACAAAAAGAACCACAAACCAAACCUCCAAAUUGAUUCUAAGAUAAAAUACCCUUAAAAAAAUUUCCCUUCCUAUCCGAAGGCAGACGAAGAGGAAGUUUAUCCCUCCCCCCACCCUCACAAAUUCCCCAGAGAGCUUUCAUCUAAAACGUUUGACUCUGGUUAGAUACCCAGCGAGCAUCUUCUCUGAACCUCUUGUUUCCUCCAUGGCAAGCUCCAGAGAAUAAGAAGGCAGAUUCAAGAUUCCCAUGGGCCUCAGGACGACUAAACAGAUGGGGAGAGGCACUAAACCUGGUCACCAAGAGUAUCAUAUGGCAAAGGAACCAGUGGAAGACACAGAUCCCAGCACUUUAUCCUUUAACAUGUCAGACAAAUAUCCCAUUCAAGAUUCGGAACUCCCCAAAGCUGAAGAAUGUGAUGCAAUUACUUUGAACUGCCCACCAAAUUCAGAUAUGCAAAAUCAGGGAGAAGAAAAUGGCUUUCCAGAUAGCACUGCAGAUCCCCUUCCAGAGAUCAGCAAGGACAACUCCUGCAAAGAAAACUGUACUUGUUCCUCCUGCCUGCUCCGGGCCCCCACCAUCAGUGACUUGCUCAAUGAUCAGGACCUAUUAGAUGUGAUCAGGAUAAAGCUGGAUCCAUGUCACCCAACAGUGAAAAACUGGAGGAAUUUUGCAAGCAAAUGGGGGAUGCCCUAUGAUGAAUUGUGCUUCCUGGAGCAGAGGCCACAGAGCCCCACCUUGGAGUUCUUGCUCCGGAACAGUCAGAGGACGGUGUGCCAGCUGAUGGAGCUCUGCAGGCUCUAUCACAGGGCCGACGUGGAGAAGGUUCUGCGCAGGUGGGUGGAAGAGGAGUGGCCCAAGCGGGAGCGUGGAGACCAUUCCAGGCACUUCUAGAGCGCUUCUUUUUCCGUCCUUGGCCUCUUUGGACGUUGAAACAACCAUGAGUCAAGAAGGAAUGUGAAUCAGUUCUUUUGUAAGAGUUUAGGAUAAUGACAUGAAACGGUGGACACUGGUUUUCCCCAAAGUUGGCGGUUUCGUGGAGGGGUAGCUUGUUUUGGUGGCGGAUCUCUGUUUAUUUUUGCACAUCUGUUUUAAUUUAAUAUUUGAAUCUGGAAUUAGGAAAAGAUAUUUUCUAGUCUGCUGUAAGGGCCAAAGUCCUACAAUCGGAAUGGAUUCAUGCCAUGAUGAAAAUAAAAUGAUCCUCUCCCUGAAAUACGGCUAAAGAUUUAAAUAGGUCCCGAGACUGUUGAGAGCCCCAGACAUACACACAACAUUAUAUGUAACAUCCCUCCUGAUCAGUGCCACUCCCACAGUUUCAAAGCAAACAGCCAUGAGGAACACUCCCCUUGGUGUCUGCAACACCCUCUGCUUUUCUCCUAGGCAAUGAGAACCAGAAGCUAGAAAUUCACCAUGUCUAUUCUCAAGAUCCAUGCCAGGGAGAUCUUUGACUCUCGUGGGAAUCCCACUGUUGAGGUUGAUCUCUUCACUGCAAAAGGUCUCUUCAGAGCUGCCGUGCCCAGUGGUGCUUCAACUGGUAUCUAUGAGGAGGCCCUAGAGCUCUGGGACAUGCUAAGACUCGCUAUAUGGGGAAGGGUGUCUCAAAGGCUGUUGAGCACAUCAAUAAAACUAUUGCACCUGCCCUGUUUAGCAAGAAACUGAACGUCACAGACCAAGAGAAGAUUGACAUACUGAUGAUCGAGAUGGAUGGAACAGAAAAUAAAUCUAAGCUUGGCGUGAAUGCCAUUGUGGGGGUGUCCCUCGCUGUCUGCAAAGCUGGUGCUGUUGACAAAGGGGUUCCCCUGUACCACCACAUCGCCAACUUGGCUGGCACUUCCAAAGUCAUCGUGCCAGUCCUGGCAUUCAGUGCCAUCAAUGGCGGUUCCAUGCUGGCAGCAAGCUGGCCAUGCAGGAGUUCAUGAUCCUCCCAGUGGGUGCCACAAACUUCAGGGAAGCCAUGCACACUAGAGUGGAGGUUACCACAACCUGAAGAACGCCAUCAAGGAGAAACAUGGGAAAGACACCAAUGUAGGGGCUGAAGGCGGGUUUGCUCCCAAUGUCCUGAAGAAUAAAGAAGGCCUGGAGCUGCUGAAGCCUGCGAGUGGGAAAGCUG